AUGUGUGGCAUCUACUGCUGUAUAUCGGCUCGUGGCCAUUGCGAGCUUGACCCAGAAGAUGCCCGAAUUCUAGGUCGACGCGGUCCUGACGCGUUGACAACUCAUAAAACAACAAUUACUACUGAUACACAUGUGUGGUACUUGACAUUCACCGCCAGCGUACUCGCUUUGCGCGGCGCUCAAGUACAAGUACAGCCGAUUGUUGACCAGCCGAGUGGCUCCAUCCUUUGUUGGAAUGGCGAGGCAUGGAAUUUCGAUGGCCAACCAGUACCUGACAACGAUACCCAUUUCAUAUCUACCAUCCUGUUCGAAGCCUGCAAGCACUCAUCAGACGUGGAAGGUGAUGUCCUGAAAGUUCUGAGCAAGAUCUCAGGUCCCUAUGCUUUCGUGUUUUACGACGCUAAGUCCUUGAAGCUCUACUUUGGACGAGAUGCGCUCGGCAGACGUUCUCUAACAGUUGAUGACAGAUGUGACAACGAUGCUAACCUCACGAUAGCCAGUGUUGUCGGAAAAUCUAUAGGUACCACUGCGCAAGAAAUAAAAACGGCUCAAGUGUAUCUCCUCGAUCUGAAACAACCACAGCUAGCUCUAACUGCCUUGCGCUAUGAAACAUUUUCUCCUCGCAUAAACAAAGCCGUUCCUAUACAGCCUAUAAGCCUGUCUGAUACUCCCUCUACUCAAGCAGUCUCGAAUCUAGUGGACAAGCUUACGACAUCAUUGCAACUUCGUGUUCAGGGAAUCCCUACCUAUACAGCAAUCAAUGACAGCGAAGAUCCUGCCAAAGUUGCCAUCCUGUUUUCGGGCGGCCUCGAUUGUACCCUCAUCGCUCGAUUGUGCCACGAACUCCUGCCGAAAGACCAACCGAUUGAUUUACUGAACGUCGCCUUCGAGAAUCCACGGGUCGUCAACGCCCGGUCGUCCAGUAAGAUAGCCUCGAGAUGUGCAAGUGACGUUGAUACCUACGAAGCUUGCCCAGAUCGUCUCACUGGUCGAUCCUCUUUCGCCGAGCUCGUAAAAGUCUGUUCUGAACGGCAAUGGCGCUUUGUGGUCAUCAAUAUUCCUUACGAGGACUUCCUAGAACAUCGGUCGAACAUUAUACAAUUAAUGUAUCCUCACAACACAGAAAUGGAUCUCUCCAUCACAGCGGCAUUAUACUUUGCUGCCCGAGGUCAAGGCAGUGUAGCUACUCCCGGAGACGAUACCUUUUACAAGCCUUACACAACAACAGCUCGAGUGCUCCUAUCUGGACUUGGAGCCGACGAGCUCUUUGGCGGCUAUGCACGACACACAGCAGCUUUCACUCGUGCAGGUUACGAAGGACUUAACGAUGAGCUCGAGAUUGACUUCAUGCGCAUUGGCACAAGAAAUUUGGGUCGUGACGAUCGAGUCAUCUCGCAUUGGGGCAAAGAGACGCGAUAUCCAUUCCUCGACGAGAAAUUUGUCGAGUUCGCUCUCAGCUUACCAGCCUGGGAAAAAUGUGGCUUUAGGACAGGUAACCCUGUUCCAAAGCAUUUCGAGAUUGCACCUGCCGCGCGAGCAAUCGAGGACUUGCACCCGGAGAAGAUGUUGUUGAGGUGUGCAAUGUGGCACCUCGGCAUGAAGGGUGCUGCGGCGGAAAAGAAGAGAGCGAUCCAAUUUGGUGCUAGAACAGCCAAGAUGAUUGGCGGCAAGACGAAAGGGACGGAUAUAGUCUCUGUCGAUUAG